GAUUGACGUCACUUCCUGUUUGCCGUUGCUUGGUUGUGAAAGUGAGGAGUAUGUUGGAGGCGAAACACUCCGAUAAUGCGAGAGGACGACAGCUCACCUUUUCCCUCUGACACCAACACUGACCGCGGUUCUUUGUGGCAUGGCGUCAGAGCACGGUGCCAGCACAUGGAGCUGCAAGCAGGUGGCCCAGUGGCUGCAGGAGAAAGGAUUUGGAAACUAUGUGGAGCUGCUGUGCACUCAGCACCGCCUGGAUGGACCCAGCCUCCUGGCUCUGACUGAGGCAGACCUCCGUGGGCCUCCUCUGGGACUCACUGUGCUGGGAGACAUCAAGAGGCUGGCCAUAUCCCUCCGCCAGCUCCAGAGACAAAACCAAGCCCUGCUGGGGGAACUUGGUCUCCAGCCUGGAGACAGUUCCACUGCUCAGCUCCCAUUGGCUCCCACUGUGGCAACCGAGUGGAGCUGGGACAGAUCUGACAGGCCCUACUAUGAACAAGAUUGUUCCGGGGAUGGCACUGAACUCCGACUGAGGAACGGCACCCGAUCUGAAUGUGGUUCUGGAGUACAGCUGUGUCCCACACACUCCAAUGGGAGAUCUCGCCAACACUUAGCUGGACGACUAGACCCGGAAGUCUGGAAGACUGUCAUCAGUGUUAUAUAUGUCGUUCUAGUGUUUGGCUUAACAUCCUUUGUUAUGGUUAUUGUACAUGAGCGUGUCCCAGACAUGAGGACAUACCCACCGCUUCCUGACAUCUUUCUGGACAGUGUUCCGAGAAUCCCUUGGGCUUUUGCAAUGGCUGAAGCUUGUGGCCUUAUCCUGUGCUAUAUGCUAAUAUUGAUCCUACUGCUUCAUAAACAUAGGUCCAUUCUCUUGAGGCGGUUGUGUUCUCUGAUGGGAACUGUAUUUUUGCUUCGUUGCUGCACCAUGUUUGUCACCUCUCUUUCUGUGCCGGGCCAACACCUCAAGUGUUCCAGUAAGACGUACGGUGAUUCAUGGGAAAAGAUACAGAGGACACUAACAAUUUGGGUAGGAUUCGGGAUGACUCUGGCUGGUGUCCAAACAUGCGGUGACUACAUGUUCAGCGGACACACGGUUGUCAUAACAAUGCUCAACUUUUUUGUGACAGAAUACACUCCAAGGACCUGGAAUUUGAUUCACACUAUCUCCUGGGUGUUGAACCUUUUUGGGAUUUUCUUCAUUCUGGCGGCACACGAGCACUACUCCAUUGACGUAUUCAUUGCCUUCUACAUCACCACGCGUCUCUUCCUCUACUACCACACCUUGGCCAACACACGUGCUUACCAGCACAGCCGCAGAGCACGCAUCUGGUUCCCGAUGUUCUCCUUCUUUGAAUGCAACGUGAAUGGACCUGUCCCCAAUCAGUACCACUGGCCUUUCAGUAAGCCUGCCUUCAUGAAAACGCUGAUCGGGUAGAGCGGUUUCACAACACUUGUGCAUGGAGUGUAAAGUUUACCCCCAUCGGAUUUAUCUUCCUCUCUUGUUUAUCUCUUAUUUUGUGAUCUAAUCUCAUUUGUUCCAGAUGAUGAGGCUGGUAUACUUAAGCAUACACAGACAGUCUUCAUCCAAAGGAACCCAAAAAUGUUAGCUUUUAAUGUGUUUAAGUACUAAAUAGCUGCAUUAACCAGUCUAUUCCAAUAACUUUUGAUUUUUGCACAUUAUAUACUGUACUAAUUGUGGGGUAUUAUGGGGAUUUAAGGGUGCAUGAACAUAUCCUGGAAGGUGUGCACACAUGUAGGGCUGCAAUUAUUUUCUUAGUCGAGUAAUCUUAAUUGAGUAAUCGCCCAACAGAUCAGAUCAAUAUGAACCAUACAUAGUCAGCCAUUUUGUCUGCAACAUAUCAGAAAAGAGGCAAAGAUGUUAAAUCACUGGUUUCCAAAGUCAAAACGGAUUUGUGUGAAUAAUAUAUUGCCUUAACACAUAGGUCUGCUUUCAUGAAUGACUAAGGAAAUCAGAGUAUAAUUACACUUUAAAAAAAGAUUAAUCUAAUACCAAAAUAGUUGUUGGAUAAUCGAUUAACCAUUGAUUAAUUGUUGCAGCUCUACACACAUGGAUUGCCUUAUCGAUUACCACUUUAUUAAGAUUUAAGCUCAAUCUGGGCUAUUAAUCACACAGCAUUUGCAUGAAUAAACUAACUUGUUAGUCUGCACACAGGUAGACCACAAAUUUGGACUUAUUGGUGCCUGUUUGGCAACAAUUACCAAAGAAACAUCUUCCAAAGAUCAAGAAGACGGCACUUGUUGUGAGAACAGUUGAGUUGUUUUUACACAGCACAAUCGGCUGUCCUAAUUUAUUUCAUGUAAUUUAUUGUAGCACAGCAUGUGGAUUGUGGAAUGGGAGCUUUGUUUACACUGUCAGGGUUAAAAACACAAACUGUGCAUAUGCAUUUCAUGUAAUCGUUUACAAUUUCUCUUGUUAUUUGCAAUGCAGGUUAUAAUCUUUGCCUUUUGGCUCAACUAUAAAAGUUUACAACUUCAGGAAAAUGUUUUCACGUUUUAUACAGACUGUUUACACUGUUGUUGUUUUUUUGCAUUUAUGAAAUAAAAUUGAAGCUUAAUUUUUUUAUGA